AUGCCGUAAAACCGAUUAACCUUUGACCUUGAAUAACUUAACACACACAAGAGAUAUGAGAAUUAAGAAUGAACAUUUAAAAUGAUAAAAUACUUUUUGUGCUGUCAAAUGGGCUGCAAACAAUAAUACAAUAUUAUUAAUAUUUCCAGAGUAACAGAAGGGCAGCCUGACAAUGAUGAUUCAACUAAAUUGACACUGGCUUAUGAGAAUCUUUAUGAAUUACCCAGGACCAUAGUUGAGAGGUUUUCUGACUAUAUCAAAUAUCUAGAUAUCAGUCACAAUAAAAUAACGUAAGUUAUAAAAGUGAAAUAGUAAAGGUUUUUUUUCUGGUAGUGUUUAAUAUACUAUUACCGAUAAUCACACUUUUAUGCUUAUUAUAUUUUUAAUAUAUGUUGCUACAAAUAUUGGAAAAUUAUAUUUUUGUUAUUUGUCAAAAACUGUCGGCAAAUAAUUAAAUUUAAGAUUUUGUUAACUUUUUAACCAUAGGUAUAUUUAAAUUGCUGUCGGAUCUCCUAUUAUAUCAAUGUGCUUAAAUUCUUUGUUGUUUUUCAGAUGUCUGGAUGCUCUGGUCCAUUUCAAACAUUUAACAUCACUCAUAGCUGACCACAAUCCCAUCACAGAAAAUUGUUUUUUACCACCAUUGCCAAAAUUAGAUCUACUAUGGUUGAACCACUGUAAAAUCUCAUCGCUGUUCCCGUGGGUCAGCAAGUUGAAGGAGUCUUGUCCUAAUUUACAACAUCUAUGUUUGAUGGGGAAUCCCGCCGCACCCAGUUACUUCAAUGGUGGCACGUUUUACGAGUAUCUACAGUACAGGCUCUUCGUCAUCUCCCAAUUUCCAUCACUGAAUCACCUGGACGAUAGAAAAGUCACAGAAGACCAGAGAGCGGAAGCCCAACGGCUGUACAAAAGACCGUUCUUCGAGAGGAUCAUAAAACCUGGCUCAGGAAGUUUCAGCCAACUGGUUCACUCGUCAGUCACUUGGAGUGGAUUCCAGAACAAACUGACUACGUUACUGGGCAAAGAUAAGCCGAACGAUAGAAAUCUUAUGAUAUGAGUAUUAAAUAGACCUAGCCGAGUGGGUCUACCGCGUGAAUACUUCAUACAGCUGUGAUACAACCUUAAUCUCAUUGAACCCAAUUUCAUGCUCUUAUAUCACAGUCUGAUUAGCAUUUCAGUUAGGAAUGAGUAAUAUUAAGCUGUGAACUCGUAUACAGUUUCAUUUUGGUUUUCUAAAAUCCCGUGUCUGCAUUGUAAAUUUUUCAAGGUCAAAGGUCACAAUUUUUUAUCGUGAUAAUCUUUGUUUCUUUCAUUCCAAAUAACUGUCUCUGUCUAUAACUUGUUCAUAGAUGAUAACGUCCAUCAUCUGUGAAGAAAUUAAAGAAAAUUAAACACUUCACAAAUUUUGUUCUAAACAUUUAUUAUUUUGUGAACUUCAUCGUUUUUGUGUUGAGCGGGCUUAAAGCGAGUACCACAGUAGUAAAAUUUGAAGAAUAAUGCCAUGUAAAAACGUUCAGAAAAAAUAUAUGGCAAAUUUAAUUCACUAUAAUUUCUUAAUAGAUAGGUAACAUCGAUGGCAUAAUAAAAAUAGAGAUUAUCGUACCAACUGAUUAACUUUUUACUUUGAU